AGAGACUAUACACGUAUGACAACAACUGGCGUGCAUUCAAAGCACUCAUUGCCAGUCAAUACAGUGGAGUGGCUGUCGAUGUGGUGA